AUGGCCGCCCAGCUUUCGAUACGACCUCAAGAUACGGAUCGUAGCUCUCAAUUGCCAGUCAUAAAGUGCUCGCAAUGCUCCCAGUCGAUACCAAUGGACGCGCUCGCUGACCAUAUAUGUGCCCCGGACCCUCAGCCAUCACGUUCUCCUCCAGCAGCUGCUCGAAACUCUCCUGUGUCCUCGAGACGACUUGCUCCUCCCUCCCAGAGCCCCCCAGGGGCCUAUGCUGGCCCGCGGUCACCGAGUCCCCUGCGAACUGCGACCUCUCCAGCUCCUAGACCAUCUUUUGACUCUCAAAUGACGCGUCCCUCGUUUGAUCAUCAACGUCCUCAACCGCCUCGUUCUCCUUUUCAAGAUCCUAUGGCACAAAUGGCCCGGGGACCCUCACCUCAGCCCCUACAGCAACCUCUUAUCACUGUUCCUCCUCCAGAUACAAAAAUCGGGGGUGAAGCGGGUAUGGCGGGUGUCGGUCGUCGAGCUUUUGCAGCAGUGGCCGCCGCUGCAGUUUUUACCGUCGCACAUCCAACUCCUCAUCGACAUCCUAAACAAUAUCCAGACUUACAUGCACCGAUUCUCAACAUCCCGGACCCAGUGUCUCCGCCACCGGAUCGACGUUCGCCGUCGCCCUACAUGUCAAACCAUGGUCAUAGUUCGAAUCAUGGACACGGUUCAAACGACGGACAUGCUUCGCCCUACCAGAACGGCAAAGUCUCGCCUGUCCGGGAAUCUCCAACCCACGACCAACCCGCUUCAAAGACACAUGCAACGCGAUUUGCAGCUUCCCAAGCCAAGCGACCACAGCAGCCGUCCCUUGACAUGAGCUCGUCGACCACGUCGCCCAAAUUGGCUUACCUAGAGUCUGUCAGGUCGCCUACAAGCAGCGGCUCGCCCGUGACCACCAAACGCAGGAAUACGGACGACGACAAUAACUAUCCCAAAGAGUUAUCGGCGUUGACAGAUGACAGGGCGCUCGACACGAAAUCGAAUGGCGAUAGCCGACACGAACGUGGUAUUGAUUUUCCUAGACGGGGAAGACAGGAUGCGGACACUGACUCUAUGUAUUCGACUUCCUCGCGGGAGCACCACAAGUCUGGUGUUUCGCUCGAGCGGUCUCUCUCAUCUCCGUACGAGUCCAUGUCUUCUCCGGCCCUUUCCCAGUCAACCCACCCGACAAGCGCUGGCUCAUCUGCAGCGCCUGAACAUCUUAGGGCGCCCCCCGUUCCUCACCCAACGCGCUCAAAUACGUCGCCCUCGCUGUCCAGGACCGACAAGGCAAUGGAUCAACCGACAACGCGGCGGAGGACGGAAAAGCAAUGUGUCAAGUGCGGAAAGAAGAUCACAGACGGUAAAUGGAUCCAGGUCGACUCGACAGGAGGGGAAAAGCCGACUGUAUUGUGCGAGUAUGAUUGGAAAAUGCUCUAUCUUCCCAAGUGCCGGCGAUGCGACAAGCCCAUUGAAGGCCAAGCGAUUGGGAGCUCUGACGGACAGAUCAAGGGCAAGUACCAUCGCGACUGCUUCAAUUGUGAGACUUGCCAGAAACCAUUCCCUGACAAGUCGUUUUACGUGUUUGAUGGCAAACCGUUUUGCGAGUAUCACUAUCACGAAGAGAAUAAUUCACUCUGCGCAUCUCCGAGAUGUGGGAUGCCGAUAGAGGGUCCGUGUGCGGUCGCGCACAAUGGUGAUCGUUAUCACCCAGCACAUUUCGUAUGCGAGUCUCCGUCGUGCAAGGAGAGGUUGGACGACGAGUAUUGGGAAAUUGACGGCACUCGGCUCUGCGAUAAGCACGCGCGGAGCCAUCCCAUGUUCGAGGAGAUGAAGGCGCCUUCCGAAUCGGAUAGACGAGAAAAUGGCGAGGUGCGCGACAGUCUUGCAUCUAUCUCCAGUUACGACGCCGGUCAUGCGUCGAUGGCGCGAGCCCAAAAGAGAAUGACACGCUACGUCGAUCUCUAG